AGCUGGUGCCGUGCCGUCCCAUCCUCCGCCGCAGCCGCCUGCGCUCCGCGUGGGGACCAGAAGACGCCUCUCUUUGUGCUCCCUCCAACCCCGAGAAACUUCUCCCGGCUCAGCAGUAUGUUCCAGUGGAAGAAAACCCUCUACAGAAGCGUCUUCCUCUCCUUCCUGCUGGUGGUGACGGUGACGGUCUUGCAGCGAGGCAUGGCACCCAGCCAGUUGCUCCAGGGCCAGCCGCAAAAAGAACUCGCGGCCCAGGAGUCUGUGAAAGCUCAGAAGCGGGACGGCAUGCUCCCCGUCGCCAGCGACUUCUGGAAGAAGCAGGGCCCGGGUCUCAAGGCCGCAGAAGCGACAGAGAAGGGGGUGUGGUCUUGGGACGUCACCUCCGUCAACUGCUCUGCCAACCAGAACUUCAGCAAGGAGGACUGGUUCAAAGGCCUGGAGCCCAACUUCCGGCAGUUCAUGCUGUACCGCCACUGCCGCUAUUUCCCCAUGCUGAUCAACCACGCGGAGAAGUGCCACGGAGACGUCCACCUGCUGAUCGUGGUGAAGUCCGUCAUCACCCAGCACGACCGGCGAGAGGCCAUCCGCAGGACGUGGGGCCAGGAGAGAGAGAUGGAGGGCAGGAAGGUGCGAACCCUCUUCCUCCUGGGCGUGGCCUCCAAGGAAGAGGAGCGGGCCAAUUACCAGAAGCUCCUCGACUACGAGGACCGUAUCUACGGGGACAUCUUGCAGUGGGACUUCCUGGACAGCUUCUUCAACCUCACCCUCAAGGAAGUGCACUUCCUCAAGUGGUUCAGCAUCUACUGCGACCACGUGCGGUACAUCUUCAAGGGCGACGACGACGUCUACGUCAGCCCCAGCAACAUCCUGGAGUUCCUGCAGGACCAGAAGGCGGACAACCUGUUCGUGGGGGAUGUCCUCUUCAAGGCCCGGCCCAUUCGCAAGAAGGAGAACAAGUACUACAUCCCCAGCGCCUUGUACAACAAGAACGUCUACCCGCCUUAUGCAGGCGGCGGUGGUUUUGUCAUGGAUGGCCCCCUGGCCAAGAAGCUCCACAGAGUCUCGGAGAGCCUGGAGCUCUACCCCAUCGAUGACGUCUACCUGGGCAUGUGCUUGGAGGUCCUCAAGGUGACGCCCGUGGCCCACGCCGGCUUCAAAACAUUUGGCAUCGUGAAAAACAAGAACAGCAAGAUGAACAAGGAGCCUUGCUUCUACCAGAGCAUGCUGGUGGUCCAUAAACUCCUCCCCUCGGAGCUGGUGGCCAUGUGGGAUCUGGUCCACAGUAACUUGACGUGCUCCAGAAAGCUCCAGAUCCUUUAGCUCUCCCUGUUAUCUCUGUCUGAGGGGAAAACGCUUAAGGGGUAGACAUUGGUUGCUCAGAGCCGUGGGCCCACAACUAGCACUGUCUUUUCCAAUGGUGCUGAAGGAGUAACCAUAUAUUUUUGGGAAGGGGGUGUUUGAAGGGGGACAGGAAGCUCUGGAAGGUUGAUUUUGGGGGGGUAUUUUAUUCCCCUUUUGGUGGUUUUUUUUUUUUGAUGCAGCGGAAGAGAGUCUGACAAAGAUUCUUCUACCAGCUUUCUUGCAGAGAUGCCGGAAGGUUCUCUGUGGUGACCAGACCAAAGCAGGGCAGAGAUGCCCCUUCUGUUGCCGUUCGUUUUGCGGCAUACUUUUCAGCUGAGGGCUGGUCCCAAAGCUAAGACACAACUCUGUGUGCGUUUGUGUACGUGCGAGAGGUUAGACCAUUCAGAAGCGAGCGGAAUGAGUUUUUGAAGCAACACUUGAAGUACAAACUCUUCCCCUCCCUUCCUUGCUGUUUAUUGCGGGGAAUGUCAAAAGAAAGAACAGUUUGGAAAUUGCUCUGCUUGGGGUGGGAGGUGAUGUUGCUAAAAGGCCAGCGUGCAUCUCCUUCGGGCGGGGCUGGCUGAAAAGUGCCUGUGCGUUUUUCUCACAGAAAUUCUUUUACGAGGGAAAGACCACCCUCAUCCAGUCCCUCUCUAAGCUGUGUAACACUCGAUUGCCAUCUUUGCCAACCUGGUGCCCUCCAGAGGUGUUGGGACUAUAACUCCCAGCAGCACUGGCUGCGGCUGACGGAAGUUGUAGUCCAAAACAUCUAUUGAAACGACACCAUCUAUAUAUAAGCUGAGGCCAGUUGUUUUGUUUUUUUAAGGGGGGAAAGUGUCACCAUGAGGGGGGAGAGAUUUUUUUUGGUGUGUAUUUUCUCUCUUAAAACAAGAAACACACCCAAAAUUGAAAGAAAGAAAACCCACCCACCAAUUGUCUUCCAGUUUUUUUGGGGGAAAGCAAGUCCCCCCCUUGGCUGGCUAUAUUACAUGGGGGUAUAUUUAACUUUUAAAGGACAAGUUGUGGUUGAAUAAGAAUGCAUUUCUUACCUAGAGUUUUCCCUGUAAAGCAGGGGUCUGUCAGUGUGUUCCAGCUGCAGUUUUAUCCUUGUGACCUAUUUGGGCAACAGCCGAUCCCAGGACCUCUUAUUGGGUGGAUCGUACACCGGGCACCAUGUGCCUCUUUGAUAGAAGUUAAGAGGUGAGCAACUGCUUCCUCCAACGCCCAGGUGUGAAACCGGGCAAGAUUUGCACGCACAGGUACGUUCAUAUGCCGUCCCAGCCCCUGGCCACCCACCCAUCCUUUAGCUCUAUCCCAAAUUUUAUUUUUAAGUCCAUACUUAAAAAGGAACAGGCAGAAUCUAAGGUAACAAACUAAGAUUGAUCCAACAAUAGGCAGGGGACAAACACUUCUGACAAAUUAUAAGAAACUCCAAAAUUCAACAAAGGAAGAUUCUUUAGAUAAGGGAAAAGCCAUGAGAUGUUUUUGAUUGCCUGCCAAUUCUAACUUGAGUUAGCUGUUGCCAUUUCUCGCCCAGUAUUGACUAGGCCCUUAUCAGCCAACCUCUUGCUGCGGAAACUACAAUCUCCAAUUAAAUGCCACCUCUAAUUUUGCUGUAAUUGACUCUCACCUGGUUCACUCCCCUUGAUAUCGGGCAGGGGCGGCCCACCCUAUUUUGCCACCUGAGGCGAAAUGGGAAUUGCCAGCGCCUGCCCAUCUCCCUUUCGCACCCCACCACUUCUGCUGCCACCACCGCACCCUGGUUCUUGCCAAACUCGGUGGGAGCUCCGGUGCUCCUCAAAGUGUUGCCGCUUAGCUUCUCCCCUGGGGACAGAAAAGAUGAGUGGCAAUGCUAUGUGCCAGAAAAGCUCCCUCGCCAGCAGAGCACUGCCUCUCGCACUUGUACCGCCUGAGGCAGGUGCUUCCUCCCAGCUCUGGUGUUGGAGGACCACUUCAUCUUGCUUGGUUCCCUACAAGUGAUAAAUUGGGCAAAAGAUGCCUCCUUUCCUGUCCUGUCCCAUCUUGCCCCAAGUUCAUCAAAUGUUUUGUUCCUGCUGUGGCAGAGUUGGCUGUCUUUGUUUGAAGCAUGUACUUAUCCAAUAAGCAAAUAACAUACAUUUGGCAAGCCGGUCCUUAAGACAUCUUCAAAGCAUCGUCCAAUUUCACUUGAUUUUAAUUAAAAGUGCCCCUCCAAUGUUGCUGAAAUUCAGGAAUCUUAAAGGCGCUACCAGUUUUAUUUGGAAGGAGUGCAAAGAGAUCCGUUGGGCACGAUUGGCUGUGUUGCAAAGGGGGCUUGGAUGAGUUGGGAGAGGCAUGGGGCAAUUCCGACCCAUAUCCCCUCAUAUUGGUGGGAGAAGAGUUGGGAAGUUUUAGGAUGUGGACGGUUGCUUGAACCUGGGGAAGGCAGAAUGUUUCAGAGAGGGGCUCGAACAUGUGCCAACCAGCCCUCAGCGUGAUGGGGAACUUACUCUUGAGCGAUGCCACAGCCAGGACACCGCUCAUCGGAUGUCUUCCCUACCCACCUGCAUGACGUUUCCCUCUUUGCUUAGUGUAGCAGUUGCAGAGACAAGUUGUUCAAGCUCCCCAACGACAGAGCCGGCUCCAGGAAAUGGCUUCUUUUGCUGUGGGUCGUUCCAACGGCAAAGACUUUUGAGUGAUGUUUAUUACUGUGAAACUUUUAAUUUAUGAUGAUUCUUUUUUUUUCCAAGGGGGAGGGGAGGAGGGACACCUGCCCCUCCCUCCAAGAAGCAACUGAUUUUUUUUAUUCCUGCUCAGUUUCACUUCCAGUGGGAACGGCUGGCACGGUAUCUCAUCCCGGGCUGCGCCUGACGACCAUCGCUCGCGGUGGAAAUCCUUCUGCGAUCUCUAUUUAUGAGAAGACACACGUGCUGUAUUCUGUGCCUCGUAAUUUAUAUGUGUCCGCAGCGUCUCUGAAUGUCUAUUAUUUAUAGCAGGUGCUGUUGCACACUCAGAAACAGUGUGGACGCUUGCUGAUCUCUCUCUGCGUGUUGCUUCGACAUAGUGGAGUUGUACAUAUGAUUGCCAUAAGAUUUAUGGAUAUUUUUGGGGUUUCUAAAUAAAGGUUUGUGCUAAAAAGAAGAAAGGAGAUUGGCUGCAAAUGUGAGAGCGUCGGCGUGGAAAUGGGAAGCAAGCAGGAUUCCGCUGGGCGUUUGGGGGGGGGGUUCUUUAUUCAUACCCAAAAGUUCCCUGCAGGUUUUACGCCGCAAUUCUGUGUUUGUGUAACAAGAAAACCCAUUGGAUUUCAUAAGGCACAUGUAGCAGGAUGAGGCAAUAAAACCAUGUGCAGCACUUAGGACUGCAGUCAGUCAGUCAGUCAAUAGACCUGGCUGAAUGCUCCCCCAACAUCAAGUAAAUGGACACCCACCGACACCCCUGCCCUUCCCUGCAAGCAGAAAACUAGUGUAUCAGUGAGAGAGAGAGUCUAUAUGAUUACGAUUUGCCUGAACUUUCUGACGGUAAGAGUAGUGAUUGUGGAACGGACUCCCUUGGAAAGUGGCGGACUCCCCAUUCUUGGAGGUUUUAAGCAGAGAUUUUGUGGCCACCUGUCAGGGAUUAUUUAGUUGUGUCACCUGCAUUGCAGGGAGUUGGACCAGCUAAACUUUGGAGUUACUUCUAACUUUGCAAUUUUAUUAUUUACUAAACUUUUAUACUGCCCUAUGCAUGUAGAUCUCGGGGUGGUUCACAACACAGAAUCACAACAUAAAAAACACAAAAUAUACGAUCAAAAUAAGAACAAGCCAAUCAUUCCUUGCUCCACAACACAAAGGGCAUUGGAUAUAUCAAUCAGCCAAGGGCCUGGUUAAAGAGGAGCAUUUUCACCUGGUGUAUAAUAAUGUAUUCAAUUCGUAUAUCAAAUACAAGGAGCCCAGCGGCAGCAAAUAUCAAAAUGCUAAAGCAGUGCAACCAAAAACAAAACACAACCUAUUUAAGGGAAUGGAAACCAUCAAAAACAUUUUUUAAAAAAACCACAUGCCUUCCUUCUCAGUUGCUAAUUUCAAGGUUGUGGUACAGGAAGGUAUUGAAAUUUAUCCCCAAAAUCAGUAGAGAGAGAGAAGAAUGUGCCUCACCAGAGGGCAUCCCACAAAUGGGGAGCCACCACCAAGAAGGCCCUGUCAGGGGGGGUCAAUGGCAACCAGGCAGCAGUUAGAGGAGAUACCACUAACAGGGCAUAGUUAUUAGCUGGGGGGGGCAGUUUGAAGUGGCACCAUCUCUCUCAACUUCAGCUACAGGUCAGGAACAUGUGAUGUUGCCUUCUAUGCAGCGAGCCCAUUCGUCUAUCGCGGGGCGGACUCAGACCAAGUGGGCUGCAAUAGGACUUUGCCACAGAAGCCGCAGACCACACCCUGAAUUAAAUUUCCACGUCAUAAAGUGUUCACAGUAUAUUUAACAUACACAAUAAAUUAAAUACAAGGUGUGACCGGAAAGUGCGGUGACUGCUCACAGAAAUCGGACAGCGAGAAAUGUUUGAACAUACAAUUAAACCCACGAAAUGCUUGCAAUUGUGUAUGGAGAUGAAGCUGUUACUCGAAAGACAGCGUAUAUGAGUGGUUUAAGCGUUUCCGCGAAGGGCGGCAAACCAUCGAAGAUGACCCUCGGUCUGGCAGACCGUCAAGCAGAACGGCGUCAAACGUUGAUACGAGUUCAUGAGUUAUUGAUGCCGGAUGGGUGUUUGGCCGUCCAAAUGAUGGUGGAAGAAUUGCAUAUUCCGCGUUAAAUCAUUACUGAGGUUACUGAGUUGUCCCACGCUCCAUAUUCUCCUGGUCCAACCGGAUUUCUUUCUUUUCCCCAAACUGAAACCUGCUCUUUCACACGUCCAAGCUUCUGUGACGAGGGAACUGAAAGCAGUAUGAAAAGAGGACUUCAGAAGUUUCCAACACUUCUACGAACAUUGUCAGCGGUGCAUUGCAUCAGAGGGGGACUACUUUGAAGGCCUGUAAGGCCUGUAUAUUCGAAUAUUUCUUGCUGUCCGAUUUCUGUGGCCAUUCAUCAAACAUUCCAGUCACACCUUGUAUAUAGUGAAAUACACAUUUAAUAGAUUUAAUGAUUAAACUACGGCACAAACUGAUGUAGGCUUGUUAAACGCCGGACACACACAAAACUUGAUUUUAAAAGGAAUAUAAGAUGUUUUUUCUUGAAUGCUGCCGAGGGCCUUCAAAAUAGGGUUGGACCACCCUGGUCUAGUGCAGUAGUCGUCUGCCCUGACUGGGCGUAGCUCUCAAAGACUUCAGAAUGGGUCUCUUCUGCUCUACCACUGAGAUGAGUCACGACUUGCAGCUUUACAGCCUCUUAACCAUGGGUAGGCAAACUAAGGCCCGGGGUCUGGAUCCGGCCCAAUCGCCUUCUACAUCCGGCCCGCGGACGGUCCUGGAAUCAGUGUGUUUUAACAUGAGUAGAAUGUGUCCUUUUAUUUAAAAUGCAUCUCUGGGUUAUUUGUGGGGCAUAGGAAUUUGUUUGUUUUUCCAAAAUAUAGUCCGCCCCUCCCCACAAGGUCUGAGGGACAGUGGACCGGCCCCCUGCUGAAAAAGUUUGCUGACCCCUGCUCUUAACACUUUUGCUUGACACUUAACAUGAAACUGAUAAGACUAAACCCAACAGGGAAGAAGGUCAACUGAUAAAGGGCAGGGCAGGUAAGGUAACACCUGUUCUGGGCUCAUGAUGCUGAUCAAAUAACUUCCUGGGGAAGAUGGAGGGAGGGAGCAAACUUGUUUUCUGCUGAUCCAAAGGGCAGGACCUGACCGAACCAAUGGAUUUGGAUUUCAAGAAAGGAGAUUCCCACUGAACAUUAGGAAGGGCUUCUGACACUGGAACGGACUCCCACAAGAGUGGCGGACUCUCCUUCCUUGAAGGUUUCUAAAGCAGAGGUUGGAUGGGCCAUCUGUCAGGGCUGCUUGAGCUGAGAUUCCUGCAUUGCAGGGGGGUGAAUUGGUGUCCCCUGAGGAAUCAGUUCUGUGGUUCUACAUGAAUUGAACUGAGACUCCAACCCCGAAUAGGACUGCACUAUGGAUUGGUGCCCCUUCAUGGAUCAAUGCCUUGUCGUGGCGAAGGGGCUUGAAUAACUCAGAGAAGCUAUGAGCUAUGCCAUGCAGGGCCACCCAAGAUGGACAGGUCAUAGUGGAGAGUUUUGACUAAACGUGAUCCACCUGGAGAAGGAACUGGCAAGCCACUCCAGUAUCCCUGCCAAGAAAACUCCAUGGACAAAGACAACAGGCAUAUAAAAGUUAUGACGCUGGAAGAUGAGCCCCUCAGGUCGGAAGGCGUCCAACAUGCUACUGAGGAAGAGCGGAGGACAAGUACAAGUAGAUUCAGAGCU